CCUCUCCUCGCUCAGUCCGGAUGAUGAACCUCCUCGUGCUGGUGCUCGCGGCCUCCCGGCUCGCCCUCGCGGACGGGAAUGAGCUCCUGCAGUGGCCCGUGUUCGGGAUCGGGCAGUUCGACGGUGGAGCCCUCGGCGGGUCCGCGAGGCGGUGCGUGGAGAUCCCGGAUAACAUGACCCUCUGCAGGGGGAUCACCUACCGGGAGAUGACUCUACCGAAUCUCCUUCAGCAUCACUCCAUGCACGAGGUCUCGCAGCAGGCGGCGUCGUGGGUCCCGCUACUGAAUCUCCGCUGUCACGAGGACACCCAGGUGUUCCUCUGCUCGCUCUUCGCGCCCGUCUGCCUGGACAGGCUCAUCUAUCCCUGCAGGAGCCUGUGCGAGGCGGUGCAGCAGGGUUGCGAGCAACGGAUGCUCAAUUACGGAUUCCCGUGGCCGAAGAUGCUCGAAUGCUCGCAGUUUCCGCACGAUAACGACAUGUGCAUUCCGCCGCAGGCGCAGGGUCGACCCCAGACCGCGUCAUCCGACUCGUCCGCGGCGUCGACUGCAGAUUCGGGGAUCUGCAAGGCGUGCAACCAGGCCAGUACGUACGAGAACAUCCUGGACAACUUCUGCCGGGCAGACUUCGCGAUGAAGACGAAGAUCAAGGAGAGAAAGAACGGCGAGUUGAUCUGCAAGAAGCCGAGGAUCUUCAAGAGCCUUCGAUUCAGUCGGGAGGAGAGGGGCUCGCCGAGGAUCAGCCUGGACGGGGCUCGGCGGGGCGGGGGCCAGCAGGGCGGGGACCAGCCGGAGGGGGAGGCGGUGGUGGUGAGCGGGAGGAAUGUCCUCGGGGGGGAGAGGGUGGAGGAGGGGGUGGAGGAGGAUUGCUGCGGGGGGCUGCUGGAGGAGGCGGAGGGGAAGAGGAAGGGGCAGAGGUAUCUCAUCAUGGGGAAGAAGGAUGGGGCGAGGCUGCUUCCGACUUUCAUUCUUCCCUGGAACAGGAAUGAUCACGGGAUACAUGGUGUACCGAUGGCUAGUGAAGGUAGUGUAACUCACGGGGAUGCAGGGUUUCGUGGAGCACUGGGACUUGGAGGACGCUGUGCGCAUUUGCGCACGUGCGUGACUCAAGAUGGCGUCAGGAACGAACGGAACUCUCGCGUCCACCGUGAUGUACCUAAGAAUAAUCAGUUGUCGAUAGCUAGAGAGAGUGACGUCAAGAUCGUCUCAAGGUCCUCUCAUUCUGUCUCUUACGUGUUUUCCGUGAAGGAGCUGAGGAAGGCGGUGAGGAUGUUCCGUGGCUUGGACUGCACGAAGCCGGGUCUCAUGUCCCGGUCGCUUCAAAUCCAGCCGUCCAAGUCCUCGAGGAAGGGGAAAGCCCGUGGGCGACGAAGGAAGUCCUAG